AUGAAUGACUUCACAUUGUAUGCUAUCAGUAUUAUUUUAUGUUUAUAUAUUUUGUUGAUAUCUGCUGACAAUAAUGAAACUAUUGAUUCUAUGGCUAUUGCUAAGCCACAUGCUAAAGUAUGUGGUGAUAUUCGUGUAACAUUAUUUGAAUUACGGCGUGGUUUUGAUGCUCAUGCUAUAUCGUCUUGUGAAAUAAGUCUUGGCUCAGUUACAUAUGCUCCAAUGCAUUCCUUAGUAAAUGCAAGUACAAUAACGUCAAUACGUUUUCCAAAUCUGCGUGAAGUUUAUGGUUAUAUGUUAUUAGGUUAUUCUUCUAUGCGUUCAUUUUCAUCAAUGUUUCCACGUUUAUCAGUUAUACAUGGACGAGAUUUAUAUCAUGGAUAUUCAUUAAUUGUUAUGGAUAAUUUUGCAUUAGAUGAAUUAGGUUUAACAUCAUUAAUUAAUAUACGUCGAGGAAAUAUAAUUAUAGCUCGAAAUGCUCAAUUAUGUUAUGCUGAAUCUUUACGUUGGAAUGAUAUAAUGGAAACAAAAAAGUCUCAAGUUAUAUCACGACAAAAUCGUGAUAAUUGUGCUUUUUGUCCAACAUGUCCAUCAGCAUGCUGGUCACCAACACAAUGUCAACAAAGAUGUUCAGCUAAUUGUCAAGGAAAUUGUUUAUCGGAAACAAUAUGUUGUCCGGACGAAUGUGUUGGAGGAUGUCAUUAUAAUAAUUCAACACCAACAUCAACUUUAAUUUGUAAUGCUUGUAGAAAUAUGAGAAUUUAUUCUACAGGAACAUGUGUACAACAAUGUCCAGAAAAUAUGUUGAAGGCUGGUGGUUCUUUAUGUGUAACUCGUCAAGAAUGUACAUCGUUUUUUUUGAGUACUGGUUAUAUAUUAGAAGAAAUAAAUGAAUGUGUUGCAUCUUGUCCAUCUGGUUUUAUUCGUUUGUCAGGAUCACGUUGUAUUCGUUGUACAUCAUCUUCAGAAAAUAAUUAUUGUAAUGGUGCAUGUCGUGAAAAACAUAUUCGUUCAAUAGGAGAUUUUCAAUCAUUAAAAUAUUGCUCACGUAUACAUACAUUAAAUAUCUAUAAUAUAGAAACAGUUGAAUCAAGUGGAAAUAAUUUUUUAGAAACACUUUCUGCAUUUAGUUCUCUUAAACAAAUUGAUCAUGAAUUUACAAUACAUAAUGUUAAAAUAUUUUCAACAUUAAGUAUUUUUUCUCAAUUACAUCGUAUUGGUAUAACAUCUAAUGCUUCAUUGACAAUCGAAGAAAAUGAAUUUUUAACUGAACUUUGGCCAUCAACACAACAACUACCAAUUGUACAAGGAAGUGUAAAUAUUGUUCGUAAUGCUCGUUUAUGUUUAAAACAUAUUGAAAAUUUUAUUAAUUAUACAACUGCAAAUGAAAAAGAACUUCAAGUAACAAAUGAUACACGAAAUCCAUAUGCUAAUGGAUAUUUAGCAUCAUGUGAAUCAAGUUUUUUAAAAAUAACAAUUGAUAAAAUACGUUCAUUAACAGCACGAAUUAAUGUUGCUAUACCAAAAGAAUCAUUUCUUCGUUCAAGUGGUACAGCUGAACAUUUACGUCGACCAUUUUUAUCUGUUUAUUAUAAAACAACACGAACAAAAAAUGAAACACAUUUUGAUGCAACACAUUCACGUAAAUGGUUAAGAGUAGUCGAAAAAGUUAAUUAUAAUCCAGCACCUCAUGGUAAAUAUUUAUUUGAAUUAAAUAUAAAUAUUUAA